UUCGAUUAAUUACCUCCUGACAAAUUAUUCCUGACACAAUUAGCAUCGUACAAGCGAAUUCCAACGUGCACCACGUUCCGGUAUCUUCAUUGUGAAUAACCUCAACGUUUCAGGAAACAGAAAUCAACUAAAGAUCAACGUAGUACCGUCUAUCUGUAGGUUUAAUUAAUUUCGUGAUGAUUACCGACGUUUUCGGUUCGUUAAUGUAAUUGGGUCAUUAGAUAACGCUUUCGAAACUGUAUCCGUGAGUAUGGAACGGAUGAAUGACGCUGAUUAUACGCUGAAAAUAAACGAAGGCAACAGAGAAAAAAGAAAAAAAAUGAAUCUCCAUUGUCCGGCAUCGCGAUACAUGGGUUGCAAAACGAUGACAAUACAAGGAUAAAACGAGGAUUACAUUUUUUGCGAUAAAAAUUUAGAAAUUAUCAUUGCAUCAAAAAAGUGUAUCGUGAGAGAAAUGUAUCGGUGGAACAAAUAGAUCCACGUUCAAGAUGGCGUACAGCUAUAAUAUCAAAGAGAUACCGCCCGACGAUGUUCCCAUUGUGGAAUACGAUAUACGACGAGCUAAAAAGUUUCUUCAAAAACACAGUCCAGAAUCAGGUGAUAGUCUAUACGAUCACUUGACGGAAGUGUUAGCUAAGAUACUCACCGAGAGACCGAAAAACGCAGUAGAUAUUUUUGAGGAAUUCAGCAGAAAAGUGAAAGAGGAGAGAUUCAGAACCAAGUCCAGUCAUCUUCGAGAUGUGUACGUUCCACCGACUCAGUUCGAACAUGCGAAAAAGAUUAUCAACUUGUUCAAGAAAUUAGAGAAAUUCUAUGAAACUAUGGGAGAAAAGAUUGAAGAAGAUAUUGAGGAAGAUGAAGAUAAAAAGAAAAUACCGAAUAUGUUAGAUUUUUUGUUUUAUUUUGAGCAGACUGGUAUAGGACUACCUCGCAAAGAAUUGGUGUUGCUUAAUUUGUCUAUAAGGGAACUCAUGGCUGAAAAUCCUAUAGAAAAUGUCAGAUUUUGGGGAAAAAUUCUCGGAAUUCCGAAAAAUUAUUACGUAGUGGAAGCAGAUUUACAACCAGAGGAACUAAAUCUAAGAGUAGAGAAAAUGGCCGAAGAAGAAGAACAGAAACGUCAAGAGAAGCAAGCGAAAGCGGAAGAAGCGGCAAAAGCCGAAAAACAAGCUAUUGAAGACAUAGAAAGAGCGGCACAAGAAACGGGGAAAACAGAGGAAGAAGCGGCACCCGAGGGCUUGAAGCUCGUCUUUCCGCCUCUACCUAUUCGUAUAUGGAUACCACCACCGGAAGUACCUACAGAAAAACUUGGAACUGGCACAAAUACCAAAGUAUAUUUUGUAUGCAACGAGCCCGGUUUGGACAAGUGGAUCGAACUGCCACCGGUUACACCGCAGCAGAUAGUAAUUGCACGAUCCAUUGUUCGUUAUUGCACAGGAAAUUUGGAAACACCGAUUCACACUUUCCCACCGUUCCCUGGUACAGAAAAGAAUUAUCUUCGUGCGCAAAUAGCCAGGAUUAGCUCGACUACCCAAGUUUCGCCGAUUGGGUUCUACACUUUUGGCAUAGGGGACGAGGAAGAAGAGGUAAUGGAGGAAAUGCCAGAAGGUGGAGUAUUGUCCGAGAACGUGAAUUACGAUCCGUUACCUAUUAAAGAGUUGAUAGACCCUUCUAUGUCAAACUGGUGUCAUCAUAUGCCCUAUAUUUUGAAACAAGGUCGUGUUGAAUGGUGGAGUCCACGAAAACAAGAAGAACUUGAAGAAGAAAUAGGUGAAGAAGAAGAGGAGGAAGAAGAAAAAGAAGACAAAGAGGUUGGACCUCCACUUUUGACACCUUUGUCGGAAGAUGCUAUAAUGGAUUCGAUAAUACCGUGGGGUACUUCAUUAUCUUCCCGUGUCCAACCUGAUCAGGCGGUCGCAUUAAUUAGAUCAAACAUUUGGCCUGGAGCGUAUGCCUUUGCCUCCGGAAGGCGUUGCGCUAACGUGUACAUUGGUUGGGGUCACAAAUACACGGCGUACAAUUACAGCCCUCAGUCCAUGCCACCUGUGCAGGAUCAGUAUAAAAUGGGUCCUGAGAUUAUGGAAAUUCAGGAUCCUACCUUCGAACAAGAAGAAGCCUUUAGAAUUGCUCGUUUGCCGCCUCCACCUGUUAUACCGACAGAAGAAGAAGAAGAAGAAGCCAUAGAAGAAGAAGAAGAAGAGGAAGAAGAAGACGAAUAAUAUAAUAGAUAACUGCAUUAUCAAGGAUUUUGGUUUGAAUUUGUCAGUAAAAUAGACGCGUUUAUAUAUUUUUAUAACUUUAUCAAUAUUUAAUUAUUAUUUCUAAUCAUAUUUAUCAAAAACUAUUAUUAUAAUGUAAAUAAGUAUUAGAUAUAAAAUAUAAUAUUAUAUAUCAUUCAUUUAAUUUAGUAUAUCGAAAAGAUAAUGUAUAAUUACAGAUAGAUUGUAUCGCAAAAGAGAAGAGAGAAUUAGAAAAGACGUGACAUCUUACGGAAUUUUGUAUCACAUAUUUUAAUAUAUCGAUCUCAAUCUGUGCGUCUUAUGCCAUCUAAUAUGAUAUAAUCGUACUACUUGUAUACUUGUAUUGCUUUUCAAUGGAAUUAAAAAAUAUCAGUUUUAAUUUUACAAAUUUAUGAUAUCAAAAAUUAUAAAUUAUUCAAUUGGUUUAAACAUAAUCGAAUCUAUUUUUUAAAAAAAUAUAGAAAAAUAUCGAAGUGAAUAUCAAUAAUGUAAGUCAAUAAAAGUGAUAUAAAAAUGAUAGUAAAAAUAGAAUUAACUUUUAAAUUUUUAUAACUCAAAACUAAAACGUAGCUUAUGUUUUACAUUUUUCUACUUUUUUAAACUUCUAUUUUUAUCAAUUAGCAAAUAUUUAAUUAUUUGUUUUUAAUUAUUUUAACAAUAACAUAUAAUGUCUAUGAAAUCACUACAUCUUCAUUUUAUUUAUAAAAAUAAAUGUAACAAAUCAA